GGACCGUAGGCUGGUUUGUCAACCGCCAAUAAACACCAAAGAAGAAGAAAAAGCAGCUACGCAGGAGCAUGGAUGGAUGGAUGCGCAGAAGAGUCAAUUUCAAAUUCUAACCAGUUCGCUUACUAAAAUGGCAGAUGAAGUAACACGAGAGUGGAGCGAUGACCAGCUCAAAAGUGAUGAUUUCCCCAAAAAAGACAUUAUUACGUUCAUGCAGGACAAUGCAGCACACUCGUUCCUCAAUGAGCACAAGCUGCUGGGAAACAUAAAAAACGUUGCUAAAACAGCAAAGAAAGAACAACUGAUUAUUGCCUACAAUCAGCUCUUUGAGAGCAAAAAAUUUAAAGGCACAGAACCAAUUGAAGAUGUGACCGAGCAGGUUAAAGCAGUGAAAAUUGAAGUCAAGUCCAAAGAAGUCCCGGCAGAGGUUGUGGAUGAGGGUCCGCCAAAGUACACCAAGUCCGUGCUGAAGAAAGGUGACAAGACUAACUUUCCAAAGAAAGGUGAAAAUGUGAGCUGCUGGUACACUGGCACCUUGGAGGAUGGAACUGUCUUCGACACCAAUGUCCCCAAAACGGAGAGAAAGAAGAAGCAAACUAAACCACUGACCUUCAAAGUUGGCCUGGGCAGAGUCAUCAGAGGAUGGGAUGAGGCCUUACUGACGAUGAGCAAGGGUGAAAUUGCUCGAUUGGAGAUUGAACCAGAGUGGGCCUACGGAAGGAAGGGUCUCCCUGACUCAAAAAUUCCUCCCAAUGCAAAGCUGAUCUUUGAGGUUGAAGUGGUGGCUGUGGAUUAACUAGCAACUGCUGGCCAGCAUGCAUUGCAUUUCAAGGGCAGAGGGAAAAAUACUCAAUGGCCUUGCUGUAAAGAUUCAAGUUAAAAUGGCAUUUGGAUUGUGUUCCUACUCUGUCUCAUUCAUCACCAUGUUAAAAGAAUUGAUGACCGUUAUUACAGCGUUUUGGCCAAAAUGUGAUGGCUUGUCAAUAAUGUACAUAUGAGACACCCUGAAACCUUAUUCUCUGCAUUUUCUUUUGUUCUUUUGCAUGUACAAUGUAUAUGAUAAAUAAACCUGUUUCAGAGAC